GCUUUCUCUCAACACCUCAGUGAAACACUCUGUACUUUGUCUGCGCAGAUGACGAGGCUACAAAACUACAUGAAAUAUAUUUAAACAUCACCUUCAAAGAUGCUCAUUCCUUAUUAUGGGUUGAGAGACCUGCCUGCAACAGUACAGUUAAGUGACAUUUUGAAUCAAAUAUUCCCACUUUCUCUGUAGCAUCCCUUGGUUGAAAACAAAGCAAUAACCAUUGUUGAAAAACUAGUUUGUCUAUAUGCAGAGAUGUAAGAUUUUCAUUAUCAGUUCAUGGUCAUAUAUUCUUUGAUGACACCUGUUAUCUUUGUAAAUGCAAUCAGAGAUUGGUAAAUAGUUCUGUUGUUGCCUGCUUUAUCUCCACAGGUGGUUGAUAUCCCUUACUGCCUUUGACACAAUUACAGUCUUCAUAAAGUCAUAAACAUAAGUAAUUUAGGUUGAAAGUCUGCAAAACAACGUUUUACUGUACAAUUACUUUGAAAAAUAUUCAGUUUUACAUGUUUUGUGUGUUCGAUGGCGAAGCCUGUUUUUAAUGUGGCGCUGUGCUGAAUGCCUUUCCUGUUGUUAAGUGUGACUCAUCAAACUUUAGUGAACCUCCCACCCUCAUGAUAUCAAUGUACAAUGAAGCAAUAUGUGCUAUUAACACUGUCUCAGACGUUUUAUAACGUAGUAAAGGUAUUACAAGAUUUCCAUUUUCUACAAGCUGCAAAAUUUUUGAUUUAAAGCAGGAGCUUCAUAAAGUUGACAGAUUUGUUUACAGAAGACUCACAGUAGGCAAAAUACAGAUGCAGACAAUCAGGUAUUCAUCACAGAUGCCUGAUUUCAGUAUACAGUAGGUGAUAAAAUAAACCAAAUACGCACAGAAUUGGAUGAAGCCGAUUAUUAAUGGAAACAAAGGUCUCAUUCAAACUUUAUCCAUUGAAAAAGCAGCACAAUGAACUGCAUUAACAUGACCUUCAUUCAUUUCUGAAAUUUGAUGACUUGUGGACUUGACGUUGUUGUAACAUUGCUGUUAUGAUUAAGCACAGUAUUAGCCAAAGGCUUUUUAAACCUCUGGGCUGAGACUGGAAGUAGCUCCUUACUUCACAUUCACUUUGUUUCUCAUCACCACAACGUGCUGGCAGCAGCAGAGCAAUUUGGACACUGCCACUUUGAUCUAAUAAAACAUGUUCCUCCUCUCUAACAUAUGCAGCUUUUAUUGAAGAACAGAAAGCAAAGCAAAUUUUAAUGACACUUGUUAGUUACAUUUUUAUGCAAUAAUCAGUAAUAAGAGUAUGUUCUCUUCUGUCUGAGACGCAGAUGAUAAGGCCAACCUACCCCAUAUACUGUACUCACAGCAAGUACCACAAUCAACAACACAUGAAUGUUAACACAGUACAGUUUGUUAUAGCCUUCACAUGUUGAUACAUUGUGUGUGUGUUUAUUUUACAAAAAAGCAAGUACAGUAGAGUUACGAUGAAAUGCAUCACAAACAUGGCCGCAGGCUGUAACACAAAUAUUCCUCCUGCUGAUGGAAACAAUUAGACGUAAGACGGUUGUAUCAGACCUUGAUGAAACUGACAGGGCAUCGUUUUCCAGUAUUUAUCGGAUCACAAUCAUACUGCUGCUUAUCAUCUUGCAUGAUGUAACACAACAAAAGCUGGGGUUGAGCCAUUUGAUCCGAGCUGUAAAAUUAAACAACGCCAGUUUAUAAAGUUGAGUUCUGUAAAAAAAGUUGCCAAUUGGUUAAAAGUCAAAUGAAUAAGCAUAUACAUUGAGGUUUUUGCCAUAUAGCGCCACUUUCCCAUGAACCUGUUCUGAACUCUUUUUGGUCUUUGAAAAAUAACGAGGGGCAAGCAUUACCUCUGCCUAAUUCUGAGUAGACAAUUCAAUAAGGGCAUUCACACACUUUCCUCUCAUGUUUGCAUUCCAGCCGAACGCACUGAAACCAGAGAGCAACAGCUACAGUAGUGUGUGCGCACACACACACACACACACACACACACACCAAACACACACACACACACACACACACACACACACACACACACACACACACACACACACACACACACACACACACACACACACACACACACACACACACCUCGCACUCCUACAGUUUCUGCUGUUAUCAGCGUGACUGGGGAUGCUUUGCCUUCGAAGGAAGAGUUCUUUCCCAUUAGCGCUCUCUCUUCUCUCCACUUUGAAGAAACACGUUAAAAGUCGUGAUAAGCGGGCCGAGAAGGCAUUUAUUGAUGGCAAACCCGCCUGAGGUCCCACUUGGUCUUCAGGAGCUGACGGAAGGCAAAGAAGAGAAACUUAAAUACUUUGCGUUUGAAGCAGAUUUGGAAACUGUCAGAGCCACAUAGAGAGGAGCAAUCGGUCCUCAAGGCAGCAGUGGUGAGAUGAUGCGAGCGGGAGUUAAGCAGUAUGUGGUGGCCAGGCCGCUGUACUCGGAGGAGUCCUUCGCCGAGGAUCACGAGAAGGUCUACAGGCACCGCAAGACCAUGCUGAACCACAUCUGCCAGUACUUCACGUACGAUUCUAAACGAGCCAAGAGCACAGCCCUCUCACUUCUGCCGGUCAUCAACUGGAUUAAAAUAUACCGGGUCAAGGAGUGGCUGCUCAGUGACAUCGUGUCCGGGGUCAGCACGGGACUGGUCGCCGUGCUGCAAGGCCUGGCCUACUGUCUGCUGGCCUCCCUGCCACCUUGGUAUGGACUCUUCUCUGCGUUCUUCCCAGUCAUCAUCUACUUUUUCCUUGGCACAUCCAGACACAUCUCAGUGGGCCCAUUCCCCGUCUUGUGUUUGAUGAUCGGCUCAGUGGUCACUAGGCUUGUGCCCGAUGAAGGCCUACCUAUGAACAUCACGGGGUUCGAAGGUCUGUCUAAAGAUGAGCAGAGGGUGAUGGUAGCCUAUUCUGUGACCUUCUCCACCGGUAUCAUGCAGCUGGCGAUGGGGAUGCUUCAGGUGGGCUUCGUGGUCAUGUACCUGUCUGACACCCUGGUGUCCGGCUUUACCACAGCAGCUGCCAUCCACAUCAUGGUGUCCCAGCUCAAGUUUGUCUUGGGAAUGCAGGUUCCAGGCCUUAGUGGUCCACUAGCUAUCAUUUAUACCUUAGAGAUUAUCUUCAAGAAGAUCACCUCCACCAAUAUCUGUGAUUUAGUCAUCGCCUUGGUGAUCAUGGUCGUGGUGUUCGUUGUAAAGGAGAUAAAUGACAGGUUUAGAUCCAAGCUGCCCGUUCCCAUCCCCAUAGAGGUCAUAAUGACCAUCAUCGCCUGUGGAAUUUCGUAUGCAUUCGACUUCAAGACGAGAUAUGGCAUCGACACCGUUGGCCAAAUUCCAAAGGGGUAUGAACCACCGGUGGCCCCAAAUAUGCAUAUAUUUCAGGAGACGGCCAUGGAAGCAUUUCCGAUGGCUAUUGUGGGCUUCGCUGUGGCCUUCUCUGUCGCCAAAGUCUAUGCUGUAAAACACGACUACACCAUAGAUGGAAACCAGGAGCUCAUAGCCUUUGGAGUCAGCAACAUUUUUGGCGCUUCCUUUAAGUCUUUUGCCGCAAGCACAGCUCUUUCCAGGAGUGCGGUGCAGGAGAGCACAGGAGGAAAGACUCAGGUUGCUGGGUUACUGUCGGCUAUCAUAGUGAUGAUUGUCACCUUGGCUAUCGGAUUCCUACUAGAACCUCUUCCAAAGUCUGUUCUGGGUGCUGUGGUCAUCGUGAACCUCAAGGGCAUGCUGAUGCAGUUUGGAGAGAUCCCAUACCUGUGGAAGAGGGACAAACCGGACUGUGUGGUCUGGAUAGCUACCUGCUUAGCAUCUGUCUUACUGGGGCUGGACCUUGGAUUGGCUGCAGGCCUUGGAGUGGAGCUAAUCAGUGUUGUCAUCAGAGCCCAGUUCCCGCGCUGCUGUGUGCUGGCCAAUAUCAGAGGAACUGACAUCUACAAAGACAGAAAGGACUAUAUUGAUAUAUAUGAGCCCGAGGGAGUGAAGAUCUUUCGCAUACCGUCACCCAUCUUCUUUGCCAACAUUGAGUUCUUCAGGAGCAAGCUAGUGGAAGCUGUCGGAUUCAACCCGCUGCGAGUGUUGAGAAAGAGAAAUAAGGCCCUGAGGUUGAUCCGGAAACUUCUAAAAAAGGGCAGUUUGCAGUGGACAUCGAAAGGCUUCCUGAACACCUCAUGUGGGCCCAUCAGAGACUCAGAGGACGAGAGCAGCCUGGAGGAGCUGGACCUCCCCACUGACUUCAAGGACCUUCCGGUGCGGAUCGACUGGAACGCCGAGCUUCCGGCCAACCUGGCCGUGCCACCGGUGGACCUCCACAGCCUCAUCCUGGACUUUGCUGCCGUCUCAUUCCUGGACAUCUCUGCUCUCAAGGGACUCAAAACAUCGCUAAAAGAGCUGAUCCGGGUUGAAGUGGAUGUCUACAUCGUAGCUUGUGAUCCUUACAUCCUGGAGAAACUGCAUCACUGUUGCUUCUUCGACGAUGAAGUGCUGCCGUCCAUGUUCUUCCUGACACUGCAUGACGCCAUGCUCCAUGUCCUGGAGAAACAUCCAGAGCCCACAGAGACAAAAUCAGGCUUUGGAAAGAUUCUAACAACAGUCACAGUUCACCACCCUGGGGGCAGGUUAAGAAUCAGAGACAGACAUUCACAGGGUCACAACCCAGAAACCAAGUUCUGACGAUCGGAGGAAAGUCCUGGCUGAAAAUUAAGACACAAAACCAAUAAAUGCUUUAAGAGACGACACUGUAAAAUAUACUGAUAUAAUGAAUUAUGAGAUGCUGUUCUUGACUUACUUCAUCUGACGAUCUGUGUUUACAUAUUCGAAAUUGACUGUAAGGAAACUAAUCUGAUGUUGUUUUUAUACUGUAUAUAGUGCAUUUGUAGACUUUGAAGGUCAAAUAUAUUUUACAUGCUGUAUUGUUAUAUUUUCAUGACAUGAGAAUAAAUUAACUUUUGGAAAAUGUUUUUUAAA